AACCCGACAGACAGAACAGACUGUACCAAACCUGCCACCUUCCAGCAUCAACAGGACCAUCAGAGGAGAAACAAGAACAAUGUCUUAUGGACAGAUACGUUUGGUUGAGACCAGUGGAGCUUCAAGGGCAACUUCUCAGCAGGACAACCUGGGAUACUCACGUGUAAAAGCAUCACACAAAAUGGCAGAGAUAGACAGUGGGAGAAUGAGUAAAUACAAGAGCAAAAUCAAUAAAGUUGGACAGAGCUACGGAAUCGAACCGGCUCUCAUUGCUGCCAUCAUCUCGAGAGAGUCCAGGGCUGGAAAUCAACUGAAAGACGGCUGGGGAGACUGGAACCCACAGAGGCAGGCGUACAACGCCUGGGGACUGAUGCAGGUUGAUGUUAAUCCCAACGGUGGUGGACACACUGCUGUAGGUGGAUGGGACAGUGAGGAUCACCUCCGCCAAGCCACUGGGAUCUUGGUUACAUUUAUUGAGCGAAUCAGAACCAAGUUUCCUGGCUGGAGCAAAGAGAAGCAGCUGAAAGGAGGGAUAGCAGCCUACAACAUGGGGGAUAAAAAUGUGCAUUCCUAUGAGGGAGUGGAUGAAAACACAACAGGACGAGACUACUCCAAUGAUGUCACAGCCAGAGCUCAGUGGUACAGAGACAAUGGGUACAGCGGCUGAAGCUGAUGAGUCUCCUACAAAUCAGGAAUGAAACAUCGUAGUGUGUGUACUGUGUCAUAACCUGAGCUAAAUAAACGUGAUGCAAAGUGAAA